AUGUGCCACUUGAACUCAAUUGCUAUCUAUACAUACGAUGCUGAUACACGCCACACAACCUCUACAACUACUCCAGCAGCUGAAAUGACGACUCCGGCUUCUUUGAAACCAAUCACGCCGUAUCUGGCCAAGGCCAAGGAGACGCAGACGGCGGACCCCAUCAUCUCGUACCAUUGCAAGUUGUACGCGGCGCAGCAGAUUGUCGACCAGGGUCUGCAUCAGAAAGACACAGAAGCCGCCAUCUUCACCGGGAAUUUGCUGGACGAGAUUGAGAAGCUCAAGGAGGAGGAUCCGGUUCUGGUGUCGGAGAAGGGCCAGGCUGUUAUCAGUGACGACACGGUGGCCAGCUCGUAUGUGGAGGCUUUUGCCCUGAAGAUCUUUGCCCGGGCAGACAAGCAGGUGCGGGACAAGACGAGCACCAAGGCCACGGCGCAGAUGUUCUUUGCCGCGGCCACCUUCUUUGAGGUGGUCAAGCUGUUUGGAGAGCUGGACAAGGACGUUGUCGAUAAGAUCAAGUAUGCCAAGUUCCACGCCGCUCGAAUCCUCAGAACUCUCAAGGCCGGAGAAGACCCCAACGAAUUCACUGUCGAGGACGAGGACGACGUUAUCGACAACGCCAUUGAUGACGGAAACGAAGAUACUGCUCCAAAACAACCAACCACAGAAGAGGAGGAGGCAGAGCUGCCCGAGGAGGAACAAAUCAAAAGAAUGAUGGCGGAGAUGAAGAAGGAAGCUGGCGUUGACGACGGUGCUGACUCUGUGGAUCCUUUCGACAAGAGAUUGUCUCCGAAAGAGGUUUCAAUUCACGCCUCCAAGGCACUAUCAUCUCACGAUAAUGACGACCCCCUAUCGAGCAUUCCUCCUGCACCUCCGACUUUUCUUCCCGAAGACAACACUCCUCCUGCUCCUCCUUCCAACCCCCCCGGAGACGUGGCUCCUCCCAAACCCACUCUUCCCAGCCCGCAGCGAAAGGUGUCGUCGCCUGCAAAGAUUGUGGCCAAACCAGUCGACCCCAAGACUGUGUUGGACGAAGACGCUCUGAUCAAACAGGCCCAGAAACACGCCAAGUUUGCCAUUUCCGCCCUCAACUACGAGGACAAGGAGACAGCAUUGAAAGAGCUUCAGGCCGCCAUGGAUCUGCUAUCGGCAUGA